CUGGCCAUCUCCCAUGGCCCCCGGAGCGUGACAUUUGGCAUCAGAGCGGUCCUUCCUCGGCCGUCUCUAUAUCGAUUCACCGAUUCCGUUCGUUUUCUUCUUUCCCUUUUGUUCUAACCUUCUGAACUAUGAAUUCUAAUUCUUCUCCUCCUCUUCUGAAAUCUGUGUGUGUUCUUCAUGCUCCGACCGCACCAAUUCAUUUUCUGUUCUUUGAUUUAAAACUAUUUAACUUUCUGUCAAUUCGAAAUGGAAUUCAGAGACAUCGACAUUUCUAGGUUGAAUACCUUAUUAGCUUUACCCUUCCAUCUAAUCCGACGAAGUUCAACUUUCCGGAACCCUCGCCGGACGGAAUUUCCUUUUACAGGCAAAAACGUCCGCCAGUGGAUUGAGCGAAUUUUCUCUUUUAAUUCCACACGUCCUGAUGCGAAAGGAAUUCGCGGAUCGAUUGGAGCUUCGAUUCAGUGAAGUCUUCAGGCCGAAAGUGGUGGUUAGUAUUUGGGAGGCCGGCGAUUCUAACUUGGAACAAGCGGCAGCGCUCCAAUCCGGGAACAACGAGACUCAAGACCUGACUGAUGAAAAUGCGAGGUUUGAGGCACAACUGGGUCUGGAAUCCAAGAAUAAGGAUUUUUCAAUUCAAGAAAUGGCGUCUGAAUUAGAAGAGUAUGCCCCAGUCGAUUAUGAACAAGAUUAUUUCUCCAACUUUCAGAGUAGUGAUGAAUUGGAUGGUGGUUCUGUAACUUUGGAUGGUCAUUAUAGUGAUACUGAGAGUAUGGUGCAUGAAUCAUAUGAAAUUUUUAUUGAUGAUGAGCUGAUGAAAGGUGUUGAGGUUGUUCCGAAUGAGAAUUUAAAAGUUACUGGUGUGGCUUUAAAUGAUUUGAAUGACCUGUAUAUGGAUAUAGAUUAAUUAUCUGUUGAUGUUAAUAUUGAAUGCUGCUUUACUGGGGAGGAUUUUAGAGUUAACUUACUUAAUGGUAGACAAAUGGUGUUUGAUUGUGCUCAAGGACAACCUCAAAGUAUUCUCUGCUGCUUAUAAAAUUCAAGCCAUAAAAAUACCAGAAGUUCUCAGAACAAGUAAUGGAGAGUGGAUUAUAGGUUUUGCUGCCAAGUUAGACUUUCGUUAUAGUUUAGAAGUUGAACUCUGGGGUACUCUUUUUUGGCCUCUAGAUUGCUUGAAAUUUGGGUUUCCGGAAUAUUAUUUUGGUAUUGGAUAUCUUGAAAGUCCAAAUAUGAUUUGACUUCAAAACCAACUAGAUGUUUGGUCCGGCGAUGCCACCUUCCCGUUGUACUUUACUACUCCCUCCGUUCCAUAAUUAUUGUCCAAUUUUACUAAAAUAAAAGAUUUUAUUUUUGGUCAAACUUAACUAUAUUUUACCUUAAACAACUGGA